GCUACGCUUGCCGGGAAACCUCCUCGUGACAUGCCGGCGGUAUAAAUAGUGUGAGCCGCGCUGUUCCUAAGCAGCCCUGGUUUCUGAGGGAAAAUGUAUCGUCUCGGCCCACAGGUUUUCUCCAAGAUCGCUCUCAUUUCCUUUUUGCCUGCUGUGCCACGGGAUUAUUUUCAUUUUACGAGACAAUACAAUAAAGGCUGGUCGUGUAUUGGCUGAUUUUAGAUCAACUUUGUACUUCUAAACUGCGCAAAAAUGCCACGGACCAAGAAGAAGAACAGCAAGGGGGGGCAGCAUGGACAUGUGCAGCCUUUCAGCGAUGAGGACGUUUCCAUAGAGACGCUCAGUCAUUGCAGCAGCUUUAGUGAUGGCGCCAGUGUAGCAGAUGAAGGUGGGGAGGUCAGUGAGGACACAGCCCAGGAAGACUUCCAGUACAAGUUGAAAGGGUUCAUUGACAGCACUGUGGACAAGAGUGCAAAGACCAGACAGGGGGCGCUGGAUGGGCUGAAGACUGCCAUGGCCAACCGGAUCCUGUACGAGUUUAUCUCUGAGAGAAGGAUGACUAUCACAGACAGCAUCGAGCGAUGUCUGAAGAAAGGUAAAGGCGAGGAGCAGCGAGCAGCGGCUUCUUUAGCGUGUCUGCUCUGUAUCCAGCUGGGUUCUGGUAUUGAGAGCGAAGAAGUGCUGAAAACCCUUAAACCCGUCUUCAAGAACAUUUUGGCAGAUGGAUCAGCCAACAUCCAGGCCAGGCAGGCUGUGGCAACAAGCUUGGGUCUCUGUACUUUGGUUGCUGAAGAUGAUAUUGUGGACGUGUUUUCCACCAUGGAGUGCUUCGAGAGCCUGUUCACUCGGUCUUAUGCUAAAGGUGAUGGUACCUUUCCCUCACUGAAUCCUCAGAUGAGCCAACUCCACACCAACGCUCUGCUGUCCUGGGCCCUUCUACUCACCAUCUGCUCAGGCAGCCAGCUCAAAGAAGUCCUCCGCAAACACAUGCCCAAACUCCCUGGACUGUUGGAGAGUGAGGAUGUCAACAUGAGGAUAGCUGCUGGAGAGACCAUUGCUUUGCUGUUUGAAUUGGCUCGAGACAUGGACGCUGAGUUUGAAACAGAAAACUACAAUGAUCUGUGCGAUAAACUGUCCGCACUGGCCACAGACUGCAACAAACACAGGGCCAAAAAUGAUAAGAGGAAGCAGCGUUCUGUAUUUCGGGAUGUACUGAAAGCUGUGGAGGAUGGGGACUUCCAGACAGAGACCAUUCGUUUUGGGAACGAGCGCAUGACCAUUGAUGGCUGGGUGAGAAAGAGGACCUAUGAUGCCUUCAGGGAGUUUGUCGGCUCUGGAAUGAACUACCAUCUACAGGCAAAUGAAUUCAUCCGCGAUGUUUUUGAAUUGGGACCACCCAUGUUAGUCGAUUCUGCAACAAUGAAGGCAAUGAAAAUCUCUCGCUUCGAAAGGCAUCUCCACAACUCUGCUGCAUUCAAAGCUCGGACCAAGGCUAGAAGCAAGUUCAGGGACAAGAGGGUUGACGUGGGAGAAUUUUAAAUGUAUUUCUUUAUGUCUCUAGUAACCCAACAUAAACUGUCGCAGCUUAAUAUUUAGAUCUGCCUUAAACUGAAUACUUUGGGUGCCGAACAAUAGCUGUGUUGGUGAAAUCACGCUGGCGUCAUUGGUGUUUGGCAACCAGGAAGUCGUUUGGGUGGUGUAAAAUUUUAAAUAUAAUGUAAAUAAUGCAUGUUUUUUUUUUUUUUUUCCUCAUAAGUUUUACCAUUGUAUAUUUACUUCUAAUUUGGCAGCAUUUGACAUUAGUGAAAUUUAAGUUCACAUUUGAAGACCACAAAGCUAAGAUGAAUUGGCACAAGUUGCACUAAGUGGUUAAGUAUAAGCUGCUUAUUCCUGUACAACCUUGAUAAAUAUUGUUUGUACGUACUAUGGGCUAAACUGUAUUGUGUGAUGUAUGAUGUAGUAAUAAACACUGAGCUGUCUUGGUUAAUACUCUCAUUGUGUAAAGUCAAAAUGGUGGGGAGGUUCAUUGUCAAGGUGCUCUUGGGAAAGCAUUGGUUAUUAUGGGCAAAGGGUGUAUUUAUUACUGAAAUAUAGGUUUUGUGUUGGGAUGGCACCAUAAACAAUAUUGUGAUAAAAAGGGUAAACAUGGGACAUUUUAUACAAUCAUGAUAACCUCCAACAAAAAUCAUUGUCACAAUGUCCUCUAGAUCUUUGCUCUCAUUUUCACAAUUGUUUAAAUGUAGAACAUUUUCAUAUCCAUAACAUUUUUAAAGUGUCAGCAACUUCAAUCAUUAUUGUGAUAAUUGCAGAUACUUUGCCCAUGAUAAUUAUGACCAAUUUUCAGUAUCAUCCCAUGUCUAGCGUUGCGUGGCAUUUUUCAGCUGUUCUUUUGACUAGUCAAUUCUCUAUGGGUGCACUGAUCUUUUGAUCAGAUGCUCCUCAUCACAUUUUGGUAAAAAUAAAUUAAAAAUUGUACUCCAUUCUC